GUGGAGUUUAAACGGCAGGUUUAAUCCCAAAACGACGCCCACUCUUUUAGGGUUUUAACGAAAGGUUGUACAAAAUCUUAACGCUGAUUUUCAUUUGAUUUGAUUUGACAUUUGACAAUGGGUUUCUGGGGGAUUGAAGUGAAACCUGGCAAACCGUGUCCUUAUCAUGCUGAUAAUGUGCAAGGAAAGCUUCACGUCACUCAGGCUACUCUAGGCAUUGGUUCAUCAACAGAGAAAAGCAUACUUCAGUGCUCUUCUGGACACAAAAGUCCAGUUUAUUUGUGUUCCUUGCUGCCAAAUAAGGUCGAGUCGUGCCCGUUGAAUCUUCAGUUUGAUGAUGAGGACUUGGUGGCAUUCUCGGUGAUUGGUUCACGAAGCAUCCAUCUUUCAGGUUUUUUUGUGGCUGAUGGUGGCGACGAACUUAGGGAUGACUAUGAAUAUGAUUCAUUGGGAGAGGACGUGGGAACUGGGACAGAGGAGUCAUCUGAAUAUGAUAGUGAAGAUGGAUAUGAUGAUCACUUUUUUGACGAUAGUGAUAAUGACAUGUACCCAUCUUCGCCAGUCCCAAACAGUGGAGUUGUGAUUGAGGAAAUACCCGAUGAAAAUCAAACUGAAAUUGGAGAUGAGCCAGCUAAGCAAUUGGUGAAAAAGGAACAGUCAGCUCACUUGAAAGAGAAACACAGCAAAAGUUCUGAGACUCCAGAUGUCGUUAGAGGCAAGAAUAACCUCCUUGUUCUGGAAAGUGAAGAUGAAGACGGUUUCCCAAUUUCAACCACUGAGAAAGCUAAAUCUGAGUCUCAGAAGGCAGUAGCAGAAGCCAAAGGAGAACAACCACCAAAAAAUACUGGGAAAUCCAAUAAGAAGGCAAAAGAUGGUGAUAAUUCCACUAGCUUAAAGAGAAAAGGUGCAAGUGCUGAUGAGGAUGAGCAGCAGCAAGAUGGGAAAAAGAAGAAGAAUAAGAAGUUAAAAGAUCGCGUUAAGGAGGAAAUUGCUCAUGUAAAAGAGACUAAUGUUACUGUGCUAGAUGAAAAGCAUUCUGAGGGUGAGGAGGUUAAAGCUACAACCAACCAGAACAGUGUGUCUCAGGCAAAGGAUGGGAAACAAGCCAAUAACGAAGUCCUUGUUGAGAAGAAAAACAAGAAAAAGAAGAAAAAAACCAAAGAGUCUGAAGAAGUAGCUGCUACAAAAGAAAUUGCUACAGCAGUUGAAAAUCAGAAGUUGGCUACCUCUGAGAAAAAGGGGAAGAGUCAAGCUGAAGCCAAACCACUUCAAGUGAGAACUUUUCCAAAUGGGUUGGUUAUAGAGGAGAUUUCUAUGGGUAAACCUGAUGGCAAAAGAGCUGAUCCUGGAAAGAAGGUCAGUGUUAAGUAUAUUGGCAAGCUAAAAAAAGAUGGGAAAAUAUUUGACUCAUGUAUUGGAAAGGCACCCUUUAAAUUUCGCCUUGGUGUGGGAGAAGUCAUCAAGGGGUGGGAUGUUGGCGUCAAUGGGAUGAGGAUUGGGGACAAAAGAAGAAUUACAGUUCCACCAUCUAUGGGAUAUGGAGACAAACGUGUUGGGAGUAUACCUCAAAAUUCAUGGCUUGUAUUUGAUGUUGAGUUGAUUGGUGUUGCAGGCUGAUUUCACAAUUUUGUAGUUCAUGCUUCCGUUUUCUAAAUAUCCCUCACUGGCUUCAUCAUUGUUAUGGUCUAGUUGGACCCAUAUAGCUGAGAAAAAUGUUAACCGCACCUCAUUUAUUUGCAAUAUUUUUCCGAAGUGGAUUGUCGAUAGAGCUGAAGUUUUGUAGUAAAUUCAUAACUCUAAGAAUAAAUGCAGUUAUAUAGUUGUAGUUUGCUUAUUUUGAUCCAUACAAUGCAUUUAUAUAGUUUUGGUCUGACUUCAAGACUUUUUUUCCAGUGUUCAAA